GCCAGCGCGCACCAAGAGCCCUGGAGAGCAGAAGAGACGCCACAGGACUGCGCGCAAAUCUCCCUCUGAACCUCUGGGAAAGAUGCAUCCCAACUUGGUGAGCUGGCUCGGGACUCUGGGCUUCCUGCUGUGGGCGCUGCUCUGCCUGAGCGCCCUGACGGAGGGAUACCCGGUGAAGCCGGAGAACCCUGGGGAGGACGCUCCGGCGGAGGAGCUGGCCAAGUACUACUCAGCCCUGAGACACUACAUCAACCUGAUCACAAGACAGAGGUAUGGAAAGAGGUCCAGUCCGGAGAUCCUGGACACACUGGUCUCAGAGUUGCUGUUGAAGGAAAGCACAGACACGCUGCCACAUUCAAGAUACGACCCAUCGUUGUGGUGAUACUGUCAUCAGUGCUCGCUCCACUUCACCGCAGACAUUCUGACCUCUACACCCGUCACUCCACACCCCUCCUACUCAAAAAUGACCACCCCACCUCCUCCCCCUUUGCCUCUACGAGCUGCCACGCAGUCAAGCCCUCCACCUUUACCCACCGGCUACAGUCACAACUGCUUCUAGUAUGUGCCAUACAAUUGUAAAUAGUUUAUUCAGAGUUAUCAUCUGUGAAACAUUAAUGGGGGAGUAUUGAUUGUAUUGCAUAAUUGUGCUAUUAAAGAUUAAUUGUUUCAAAAAAAA